AUGACUACAGCACAAGCUCAGACGCCGCUUCCGGCACUUCCGUCCCUCACCUCGAAUCCCACCUUCUUUCCCACCACCCCAGCCGACCAAGACGCGUCCGGCCCUUCAGCUCUUCUGGGCAAAACAACCUCAUCAACACCGUACUAUCCGCCUCUUCCGACUAUUGCGACACAUCAGCCUGCACCAGUGACAUCUCCAAGACUGCUCUCCAUCACUCCGACCCGGACAAAUAUCUCAGCGGUGCCAAAGUCAACUUCGGGGAAUGGGCUAUACGGUCUGAGCGUAUCCCAAAGCCAGGCGAGCCAGGCUGCUACGGACUGGGAGGUCGCUUUCGAGAGACAGGAGGAGGAGCGUUGGGGAGAGAAGAUCAGGAGUGACCUGUCGGGCUGGAGGGGUGGCCAUGGGACGAUUGGCGGGGUGAAGGGGUUUCAGCCGGACAGAGUGGUUCGAUCGACCUACUCGCGCACGGCUGUUCCUGGGCUAUCAUACUUUGGUCAAGCCAAGACUGGUGUAGUCGGCCUGCAUCUGCCAAAGGAGGUCAUAAGGGUCGAGCGGGAUUGGUCGGAUGGAGAGAUCUGCCAAUUCGAAACAAGCUUUCCCAUGGAGCUGGACGGAAGAAUCACUCCUAUGGCCUUCCAAUCCCUGAUCGAAAGCAUCAACACCCGCCUCACCGCCGCCUACUCUAUCCGCGGCGCCGCCAUUGACAAUCUCAUCGCUAUCGCAAGCUGGUGGACUAGUAUCUGGUGGCGUACAAGCUGUUUUGAGCGGAAUCUGCAGGCGGCGGAGAAGCAGAUCAAGGAGGCGAAUGAAGGGGUGUUUAAUCCGGCUGGACUGAAUGUUCUGAGCCCGCGGGAUGUGGCCUUGCAAUAUCUGGAGAUCGAAUACUACUAG